AUGAUGAGUUUUUUGGAGCACAUGGCCGGGGAGUUGAGAGCUCGCAGGAGGCAGCUAAACCUGGAUCGAUCCCACAAAGCCCUCCUGAUCUGCGACUUUGCAUCUCAACACAGCUCCAAGAAGUACCGCCAUCUCAAAGAACAGUGGAUGCUGCAGCACAACGCAGACAUCAUCACAGGGGAUAGUGAAGAAGUGCAAAUUCCAGGAGGAUGGGGAGCGGCAGGUGGACCCAAUGAUGGGUUCCACCAGUACUGGCAUCAGCUUUGUGGAGCAUACCACCGCUUGGCUGUAU